UUAAAUAAAACAAAGUAACCAAAUAUAAAUAAGUAACCAAAACUUUACAUAUAACCCUCGUAUCAAUCAACUUUAAUGGAAAGAAAUAUGUAUAUAACGUAUAUUUCCGGUUCUUGUGUAAAAAAUUACCGUAAAAAAAUGUUGUGAAAUCUUCUGCAUUAAAAUAUUUUAGCUGAAUUUUAAAUAACCAUACGAACUGCCACUAUUCCAAUGCAUAACCUAUUUUUACGCAUUAAAAACCAACUAAGUGUCUUAACCACACACAAUUCGUCCCAAAACUCUUCCCCAAAUCACAACAAGUAUCAACAAACCCAUUCAGAAAUAUCCGCUUUAAAUACGACGCGUACCAGACACAAUUCUGCGCCUGAUAUGGAAUUACAACGUUCACGAUCAUUGAAGUCAAUACGAGUUCGUAAGAUUUCGAAAGGAUCGCUCAAGUCCUUGAGACGGGGAACAGUAUGUGUUACAGUAAGCACACAUGCUUCAUCAGUGUUUUAUGAUACUGAUACGGAGGGAGAAUAUAUAAAACACCCUGUACUAUAUGAGCUUAGCUACAAAUAUGGUUUCACAGAUAAUUUACCAGAAAGCGCCUUACCCAGUCGUCUUGAAGAAAUCAAAGAAGCAAUACGACGAGAGAUUCGUAAAGAGUUGAAAAUCAAAGAAGGGGCUGAGAAAUUAAGAGAAGUUGCUAAAGAUCGUCGUUCUUUAAACGAUGUUGCUGCCAUUGUUAAGAAAAGUAAUAGUAAAAUAGCUGAGCUAAAAUCUGAGCUGCAAGAGCUAGAAUCACAAAUAUUACUAACACAAGGUAAUACAGUCGUGUCACAUAAUGAUCGUGAUAUUCUCUCGCCAAGCUCAAAUAAUGUCAGAUUAAGCGGCAGUUCCCAGUUUACAAAUGAUGGUAGUGUUGGCGGUCUUAUUUCCAGCGGUCAUGAACAACUGAGCGCCAAUGAUAAGCUUCUCAUAUCAUUAGAAAAACAACUAAACAUUGAAAUGAAAGUGAAAAAUGGGGCUGAAAAUAUGAUACAAUCUCUUCAGAGUGGACACUACGGCAGAGAUAAAAAACUAUUAGCAGAAGCUCAACAAAUGCUAACGGAUUCAAAAGCCAAAAUUGAAUUCUUACGUUUGCGUAUAUUGAAGGUAAAACAAAAUAAAGAGCAUGCCCAAAAAUUAUCACAACAAAUCACAGCUAACGCAAAUGAAAAUGGUUCAGUUGCUGGUUGUGUAUCUCCGCAACGUUUAGAAAUAUCACUUGAAGAGCGUAUCGAAGAACUGAGACAUCGUUUACGUAUCGAGGCAGCUGUUGUUGAUGGAGCUAAAAAUGUAAUACGUAUAUUGCAAAAUAGAAAAGUACCAGAUAAGAAGGCGUUGCAAGAGGCACAUGUCCGUUUAUCGGAAUCAUCUCGAAAGUUGGACUUAUUGCGUCAUUCUUUGGAUUUGCGACGUCUAGAACUACCAGCAGAUUCAACAGCAGCUCAACAAUUGAAGUGCGAAUUGCAAUCGGUUCAACAAGCCUCAUCCCCCGUACCAUUUAAUUACACUUCCCUGCAACCGUUUCAUGGUGGUUUAUUAGGCGGUAAACCAUACCAGCAGGUAUCUACUCUAGGUCGAUGUGCCAGUGUUACUGGCAAGCUAGAAGUACGUUUAAUGGGCUGCCAGGGCCUCUUGGAAGAUGUCCCCGGUAGAUCUCGUCGUGAUAAAGACAACAAUUCUAGUCCUGGAGAUUUGCGAAGUUUUGUCAAGGGUGUUACAUCGCGUAGCAGUUCCAAGAGCUAUUCGGUCAAAGAUGAAACAUCGUCAGAAAUUAUGGCCGUUAUAAAAUUAGACAAUAUGACUGUGGCUCAAACGUCUUGGAAACCAUGUUCGCAACAAGCAUGGGAUCAAAGAUUCUCUAUUGAUCUAGAUCGCUCCCGUGAACUGGAAAUCGGCGUAUACUGGCGUGAUUGGCGUUCUUUGUGUGCCGUAAAAUUCCUACGUUUGGAGGAGUUUAUUGAUGAUGUUCGGCAUGGUAUGGCUCUGCAAUUGGAGCCGCAAGGUCUACUGUUUGCUGAGAUAAAGUUCUUAAAUCCAAUGAUUUCACAGAAACCCAAGUUGCAACGUCAACGUAUGAUAUUCAACAAGCAGCAGGUUAAAAAUAUUCCACGUGCCAAGCAAAUGAACAUAAAUGUUGCAACGUGGGGCCGUUUGCUCAAAAGAAAUGCUCCAUCAAAUUCUAAUCUGGCUGGAGGAAAGAUUUCCAAUCCAGCAAGGGAAUCCAGCGAAUCACCCAUAUCCCGUACUCCAUCUUCUGGCACUAUAAACCAAGAACCAGAACCAUAUUCUCCUGGAGUUUUAGCUCAAAAUAUGCACUGCGAACCGGAAGAGCCAAUUAUUGAACAUGUUGAAACGCCUGGGGAAAUCCCUGACCCUGCAGUCUCUGGUCUUAGUGGCAAACGUCCAUUGUCAAUGCAAGGUAUUGCUGCGUUACCACCAGAAAUUACCUCGCCCCAGCAACCUCAGAAACCACAAAAUACCGUUGCUGCUAACAAUAAUCUACAUUUGAAUAUAGUGGGCAAAAAUUCACAACCCAAUCCAAUACCAAAACCACCAACAAGUGGCUCGAAGCAGAAUACACCAACUGAUGUACUACCGCCACAAAUACCGACAUCUUUGCCGCCUAAAUUGGAUCAAGAGUUACAAAGUGUCUUGAGUGAGUUUGACUUUUUAAAUCAAUUGGAUUCGCAACCUAAUACUUUACAGCGUCCCCAAGAACGCCAACAGCUGCCACAACAACAGCAGUCGCAACAAACGCAUCCUUUACAGACAACUCAAAAGCCUUCGCAACAAUUGUUGCCACAGACCUAUAUUGCCUCAACUAAACAUCAAGUUGUACAAUAUCAGAAUGUCCUUCCGAACCAGCCUCAGUUGCCCUCGUUCACAUAUCAUCAGUCAUCGCCAUCAGUCGCAGCAUCAGAAUCAUUUGUUUCCCAAGUUCCAGAAAGUCCAGCAUCGCCAUCAACUGUAUCAUUUUCCCCAACUGUUGCUAAUCAAACAAAUCAAAUAACAAAUAUUGCUAACAAUAACAAUAAUAACAGCAGCAACAACGAACGUAGUAACGAUAGCAAUUGUCAUUUUGUAAUGAGAAGUACAUCUCAAAAUAAACCUCACUUAAAUAUAAAUAUCCAACAGUCCCAAACACAGACGCAGCAGCAACAGUCGUCACCUGCAGUCACAGCAGCCAGUCCAUAUGUCUUGAAUGAUUAUUAUCAUCGGCCUGUGCUAGCAAUGCCACCAGUUGUGUUAAUGGGUGGCGAUCAAAGUCAUGACAUGAGUAGUCCCAUAAUUGAAAUGCCCCCUUCCCCAGCUCCCAUUGUUGAAUAUCCGGAAGAUGAAGACAACACUAUUUGUCAUCAAUAUAGUAUAGGCGUUGGCGACGGUUUCCAAGUAGAGGCUCAUAUUAAUCUUGUUCAUAUAACAAUUGAACCUACCAUACCUCUACACUUGGACACGAAUUCUACUGCAAAUAAUUCUGAUUUGGCUUUAAAACCCGAUGAUAUUACAACAGUAAUAUCACGACCAACAUCACUUACAUCGCCAUCUAAUGUGGCAACAACAUUUACUAGUACUGUUGAAUAUUUUAUUGCUAAUGUAGAAGAUGAAGAUAAAACUAUAGAAGAAACGAAGGUUAUACCACAAUUUAGCAACGUUUCUAUAAGCAACAACAAUUUACAACAACAGCAGCACUAUUUACAACAGUCGCAAUCAUCGCCAAUAAUACAGGAACCUCCAACACCAAUUAUUUAUGGAGGCCAUGUAUCGGCAAGCGAGGCAUCUGUACCGCAGUUUCCUCAGCCUGCUCAGCGACAGAAUUAUCAUCAGUCACCUCAGGCGGCAGCAUCUUAUCAGCAGCAGCAGCAACAACACAAUCAACAACAACAGCCGAUUUAUCAAAAUCAAUUUGAAUUACAAAAUUCAGCAGUAAGUCAACAGAAUGCUCGUCGCAAUGUCGCCAGAGGCUUACAAUAUCGUGAUUCGGCCUAUGAAUCAAGACGCCAGUCGCAAAGCCUCAUUACAUCGCCCGGUAUUCUCUCAAUGGACAAUUUCCGUAUGUUGAGCGUCUUGGGUCGUGGUCAUUUCGGCAAAGUGAUAUUGUGUCAGCUUCGCACUAACAACCAAUAUUAUGCAAUAAAAGCCUUGAAAAAGGGCGAUAUCAUUGCUAGAGAUGAAGUUGAGUCGUUAUUGAGUGAGAAACGUAUUUUCGAGGUGGCCAAUGCUAUGCGUCAUCCAUUUUUAGUUAAUUUGUAUGCCUGCUUUCAGACAGAGCAACACGUAUGUUUUGUAAUGGAAUAUGCUGCCGGUGGAGAUUUAAUGAUGCAUAUCCACACGGAUGUAUUUACGGAACCGCGUGCUGUCUUCUAUGCGGCUUGUGUAGUUCUAGGUCUACAGUAUUUGCAUGAAAAUAAAAUUAUUUAUCGCGAUUUAAAAUUGGAUAAUUUAUUGUUGGACACAGAUGGUUAUGUGAAAAUUGCUGAUUUCGGUUUAUGCAAAGAAGGCAUGGGAUUCGGAGAUCGUACUGGAACUUUUUGCGGUACACCCGAAUUUUUAGCACCUGAAGUGUUAACGGAAACUUCAUAUACUAGAGCAGUUGACUGGUGGGGUUUGGGUGUGUUAAUAUUUGAAAUGCUGGUGGGAGAGUCUCCCUUCCCUGGAGAUGACGAAGAAGAAGUUUUCGAUUCUAUUGUUAAUGAUGAAGUUCGUUAUCCACGAUUUUUAUCUCUAGAAGCUAUAGCAAUUAUGCGAAGGCUUCUACGUAAAAACCCAGAAAGACGUUUAGGUUCGUCUGAACGAGAUGCCGAGGAUGUGAAAAAACAAGCAUUUUUCCGAACGAUUGUAUGGGAUGAUUUAUUACUGCGUAAAGUUAAACCACCGUUUGUACCAACUAUAAAUCAUCUGGAAGAUGUGUCAAAUUUCGAUGAAGAAUUUACAUCUGAGAAACCGCAAUUAACUCCACCAAAGGAACCCCGUAUCUUGACUGAUGAGGAGCAAAUGUUCUUCCAAGAUUUCACAUACACCGCGGACUGGUCUUAAUGCCAACACUCAUUUAUUUUUAUAUAUUAUAUACAUACACAUAAACAUACAAAUAUUCGAAAGUAAAAAUAACUUUAUUUAGUUAAUUAAGUGCCUCAUUUGUUACUGGCAAUUUUCAUCUGCUACAAGCAAAUAUAAACCCCAAACAUAUAUUUUGUUUUUAAUUUCAUGUCGCUCAUUUGUGAGAAGACCGUCGUAGAGCUUACAAUGAAAAGACUUGAAAAGUCCUUUUUAAACUACUCAAUUUUAAAAAUGUAUUUUAACAAUAAAAUAUACAUACGUAUUGCGAUAUAUAACAACACCAACUCAUUUUAGUUUUGAAGUAUAUGGCAUGAUGACAAUAAAACUCUCUCAUAACCAAAUACCGCGGUAAUUUUUACUAAAUAAAAUCUAAAAGAUUUAUGUAUGUAUGGGAGAUUUUAAGCUAUGACGGUCUUAUUGGAAUUGAGCGAUAGGGAUUACAAUUAUUUUCAAUUAAACUCUCUCUCAAGAAGCAAAACAAAUUGUUUUAUUGUAUGUAACCUUUUACAUUAAUAUUCUGACUAUUUUUCAUAAUAAAAUUGCGUUAAAUGGAAAAACUAUUUCAAUAUCAUAACACAUAUUAAAAAACAAUGCUUUUUGAGAGCAAAUUUAAAAACGCAAUUACAUAAUUUUGUUUCUUUAACUUGUUUUGAUUGCUUUUGUAAUAUUAUUAAUUGUAAUUGUAAAAUUAUAGAUUAAUUGCCAAAAUCAUAUUUCUCUUAUUAUCUUUUCAAGGAUUUCUUAAGCUUAAUCUUUUAUAAUAAGCAUUUAAAAUACAUAAAUACAUAGAAACAUACAUGCAUAGAUAUUUCAAGUAUAGAACUUUUAAAUGAUUUUUUAAAUGCGAAAAUAUACAUACACACAUACAUACAUAUAAUUAUAUAUUUUUUGUCAAAGUACAUACAUUAAGAUUUAAGAAUUUAAGUAGUGUAUUCUAACAUAGCCACUUCUCCAAAUAUUAGUCACUUUUAUUAAGUAAAAUAUUUUAGUUUUGUUUUUCUUCCAGUCGGCCAAAAUAAAACCAUUUUCAAAUAAACAAAAUGAUCUUGCGAGUUCAUAUAUAUUUCUUUUUAUUUCACUCUUUUACAAUAAGGAUAUUUUAUUUUAUUUUGUCAAAAAGAAUCAUGUUUAAAUAUUGUUUAUCAUCUUACUUUUAGCAGACUCUCCCUCCUAAGCCAUCUAAACUAAAUUAUUUUCCUUAUCAGCAUUAAUGUACUAAAGUGUAUUAUUUUUUAAGAUUAUAAUUAUUAUUAUUUAAACAUUUAUAAUAUUACAAGUUAAAUAAUGUUGACAUUAUAAUAAACAAAUAAAUAAAUAUUAUUUAU